GCAGCGCGACAAGUUAUCGAUGAUGUGUAAUAAACUUGUACCUUCCUUGGCAUAGAAGGACCGACUUUUAAAAUUUCAUAUCUCUAUUUCUCGUAGUCUCUAAGAUUGACGGACGGAUAAACGAAGAGAGCUAGAUCGACUUGGCUGAGCACUAUUAAAUAAAUUAGCAUCAAACCAAUAUGCCUAUUUUCAACGGUUGCAGUGUAUAAACAUAACAGACUUCUGAAAAAUUCCAAGUAUUAUAUGUUGAUUAAUAAGCAAUUUUAAUUCCAACUGUCGCGUGCAGAACGACUGAAGCAAGAAAUACGAACGGAAUAAAAUUGAGCUGAUAAUUUGUGCAAAAUGCAAAGUAAGAUUUUUGUGCACAUCAUUUUAGUGCUAUUGACUUUGGAAAACUCUUUGGCUAGUUAUGAACAAGCCGAAACUAUGUUAAGCAAGUGCGAAAAUUUGUAUUCUAAGUUUUCAGAGUUACAGAAAUCCUACAAUGCCAUAAAAGAAAAGCGCAAACAGCAAACAAAUAUUUACAAAAAGCUGGUCAAGAGUCUGACGAUCAAUAAUGAAAAAUUAAAGGAUAAAAUAAAUCUGCAAGGUACACUCCGUGUUAAGCCCAAUGAACUACAAAACAUUACCCGCGAACUGCAUGGACUGAAGCAAACCAUCGACGAAACAUUUACUAAACUAAACUCAAGUGAAUUAACCAUGCAAGAACAAAGGGAACAGCUGUUGCAAAAGACUAACGAAUUGAGUAAAGCAAAUAGAAAAAUCAAUGCACAAGCCUCGACAAUAGAUGUCAUGAACGUCACUUUAAUGCAGCAAGACGAUCGCAUUGCGGAAUUCGAAGGCCAAGCCGAGGCCACCAAGCAGCAUCUCAGAGAGAAUCAGGAGCUGAAAGCAAAAUUGACCAUAAGUGAUAAAAGUAUAGGCACAAUGAGCAACAAGAUUAUUGAACUGCAAUCGCAGGUGAAUUCUGAUGCUGCGAGUAUCGAGCAAUUGAACUCUGUGAUCGCCGCCUACACGAACUGCUGCAAGGCUUCAAGCUGUGAGCAAUUUGGCAAGUCUUCAAAUGUGCAUGUGAUAAAGGUGCCCGGUGUGGGCGAACCCUUUCGAGUGCUUUGCAAUGGCCAAAUAGCUGGUCCCGGCUGGACGGUAAUACAGCGCAGGAUCAACGGCAGCGUCGACUUUUAUCGUAACUGGAGCGACUAUAAAACUGGAUUCGGCGAUUUAGCUGGCGAGUUCUUCAUAGGUCUGGAGAAGCUGCACCACAUGACCGAAGCCGAACCACAGGAACUCUAUAUACAACUGGAGGACUUUGAUGGCCAGACACGUUAUGCCACAUAUGAUGACUUCAAGGUGGGCUCUGAACUGGAAUCGUAUGCCCUGCAGUCCCUGGGUAAUUUCGGCGGAGACAUGGAUGAUGCGUUAAGUCUAAACGUAGGUCAAAAGUUCAGCACCUACGAUCGUGAUAACGAUAAUGAUGAAUCUCUAAGCUGUGCUGAACGUUUUCAUGGCGCCUGGUGGUACUACGCGUGCGGUCUCAGUAAUUUGAAUGGUCCGUAUCAAACACCAGAUGAUUACACCUCGAAUCAAGGCAUCCUUUGGGUGGGUACAGACUGGCAUGAUAAUUAUUAUUCCUUCAAGUCAGUUCAAAUCAUGAUAAAGGCCAGAAACUAUAAACUUAACCAAAAAUAAAUUGAAUAAAAAUAAAGCUUAAUGUCAAGUUGGAACACUAA